AUGCCAAGCAGUCACACAGAAUACAGCCCUAUCCCAACUUCCGACAAUAACGGUGCAGAGGCAGGUCCAUCGCGCACCCCGCCAGCAACAUGUGCCAUCGUCUCGUCCCCUCUUCAAUCAUCCCCUCUUCAAUCAGCCCCGCUCUCGUUUCGAGAUGAACCAUAUACCGUCGAACUAUCUGAAAAGGCCUCGGAUCGAGAUGCUUUUCUACCGAUUCAUCAUCACACAGAUGGGCCAAGGAGGAAGCAGGCUGGUUUAACAGGCUUGGUCGAGUUUGUAAAACGAGGCAAAACAGUGAUUCUACUCUCGAUAUGUCUUUUGCUCGCGAUGAUGCUGCUUCUCCAAGAUAAACCUGCACCCGCUGUUACUCGCACCCCCAAUAACACCGGUAGCCUUGGUUCGAGCAAUCUCAUCAGGCCAAACUCGCCAAAGAAGGGAUAUAGGCUGGAGGACGAUCUGGUACUCAUCACUAAAGUCGGUUCGGCAACUCUUCACUCUCGUCUUCUAACACAUCUCGCCGAACAACGGGUUUGUUCACUAUACAUACCCAACCAUCUCUACUCGUCCGACUAUCCACUAACGCUUGCCUCACACAACAUUACAUUUUUCGACGCACUCUCCAACCUAUCCAGCACGAUAACCUCUACCCAAGAAUUCUCCCAACUCCAUUCGGAACUCACUGCGUUGAUCAGCUCGAAUCAAGAUCUGCGUGCCAUGUCGGACAAAGAUGGAGGUUGGAAGCUGGAUAAGUACAAGUUUCUUCCGACUUUUGCCCAAGCCUGGAGGAUGUGGCCUGGGAAGAAAUGGUAUGUGAUGGUUGAAGCGGAUACGUUUCUUUUCUAUAACGAGCUUGUCAAGUGGUUGGCUGGAUUGGAUGAAAGGAAACAGUUGAUGAUUGGUCAUCCGAGCUGGUGUGAUUACGAUGGCAAGAGUACAGUGUUUACGCAUGGUGGAAGUGGCAUUGUCUUGUCCAAAGCCAUUAUGCAGGCCAGUUUUGGCAGUGAUGAGGAUUUCGAACAUCAUCAAGAUGAGCUGAUCCUGAAAAGCGCUUUUGGUGACGCCCUCCUAUCCAAGUCCCUAUACGAUGCUCCCAAGGUUACUCUGACAGAGUUAAGCCCCGAGGGAGGACAAAGAUUCAACAGCGAUCCACCUCGAAUAUUGAAGUUCGACAGAAGAAACUGGUGCGAACCCAUCCUGACCUUGCAUCACGUUACACCAGCCGACACUGCGCAUCUUUACGACUUCCAACGUCGAAUCGAACCAAGGCUGCAAAAAGGCGACACGAUACGAUGGGGAGACAUCUGGGACGAGUUCCAACCCGAAUUCCUCCGUAAAGCGAUGCAAGAUGUUGCCAGAUGGGACCAAGACAACAAGCUCAGCGAAGGCGAGCCUGAGGUGGGUGAGGUGGCAGUCAAGGGUUGGCAGGCCAUCGAAAAUUGGGAUUCAGAGACCUGGGAUGAGGUCACAAGCUCUGCGAACGAGUGUCAGAAGCUGUGUAGGAUGAAUCAGGACUGUUUGCUUUGGCAGUGGAGCAAGGGCCAAGGCCAACGACCCAACGGAAAGAGCGGGCAGACUUGGACAGGCGAUAGAAGGAGCGACGGUGGUGACUGGGGUAAAUGCCGCUACACCUCGGAUUUCUUGCGUAUCGGCAUCGCUAAGCCAAAAGAAACGCAUCUGCUUACUGGUUGGAUGGCAACUCGUAUCGAUCGUUGGCGUCGCGAUCUCGAGUGUAGCGGACGUACGGGACUCAAUACCUAUUAG